GCAGUUUGCAGAAGCGAGUCCAAAAGAAAGAACAUACUUUUCUGAGGACUGGAGAUGCCCGGAUUAUAUGAGAAGCUGACAUUUGUGGCAGGAGCGGUUCUGGCUGUCUUAGCCGUGGUGAGGUCAUCCCCAGUGGUGGUACCGGAGCCUAUCCGCUGUGCCCCCUGCACGCAGGAGAAACUGAACAACUGUCCUGCCAUCCCACCAGACUGCAGGCAGGUCCUGAGGGAGCCUGGCUGUGGCUGCUGCAUGGCCUGCGCUCUGGAGAGAGGGGAGUCCUGUGGAGUUCACACAGCCCACUGUGGUGAGGGUCUCCGCUGCACUCCCAGGCCUGGUGAGCUCAGACCUCUCGCCGCUCUGACCAGGGGACAGGGGGUCUGCACUGAAGACCUGGGCCAAGAGGAUACUGAAGUAGUCCCUGACCACGGCUCCCUGCACUACCUGUUGGGUCUCAACCUUCCCUUUGACCACCAAGACACUGCCGAGGGCCACGAGAGCAUCAAGGCCAAGGUCAAUGCUAUCCGCAACAAACUGGUACAACAGGGACCCUGUCACAUUGAACUGCACAGCGCACUGGACAUGAUCGCCAGCUCUCAGCAGAAACUAGGAGAGAAGUUCACAACUUUCUACCUCCCCAACUGCGACAAGCACGGCUUCUACAAGGCCAAACAGUGUGAGUCAUCUCUGGUCGGACCGCCUGCUCGCUGCUGGUGUGUCUCCUCCUGGAACGGGAAGAAGAUCCCAGGAUCGAGUGACCUGCUUGGCGAUUCAGAGUGUCAUCAAGAAGUUACGCACUGAGAGACGGACACGUUCUCAAUCAUAAACCCAGAUGCAUAUACAGACACAUACAGAUACAAGCACACGUUUCUUAACUUAAUAUCUACAUGCAACCACCUGAUGAACUGUCUUCAUUUUACAAAAACACACUUAUUCAUUUUAUUUACAUGAUGUAUGUGACAAGACUUAUUUAUUCACUACUUGUAUAUUCUUCCUAGCAUUAACCAUUUGUCGUUUUUAGAUUUUUUAUAUGUUUGCCUAUUUUUUUCAAUUGUAAAUAGGGCAACACUGUAUACAUUUGUGUUUCUGACUAAAUAACUCCAUUGCUCAAAACCACAGGUCCGCAGCUAUGCCAAGCCCAUUUCAGAGUCUUCAGCAUCAGUUUUUUUCAUUCAUUCAAAACUGGAGCUGUGCAUGGCACAAAACAACACAGCCGCUCAUUCAUUCAACAUGUUGACAUUGUCUGAAUGUAUCUCCAUUGGCGUUUCCUCAAUGGGUAUUGGGGGAAAUACUUAAAGUGCCAGAAGUAUGUGCACAGUGGCCAAGUACAAACAUAUCAGGGCUCAUCCAAGCCACUGUGAGGUUUGGCAUGGGUUCGUCCGCAUUUGUCUACCUCUCCUAGUCUCUGCAGGUCCACAGGUUUAGCAGAGGGUCGCUGAG